UGACCUAAUCCGUCGCGCGUCCAAUUCCCUGCGCUUGCCGUCUUGUCACCCACAAACGGCGCGUCAACCUGUCAACACAAAAACAUUCACGUAGCUAGCAACACUGGGACUCGGGGGACUAACUCUUUGUAUAUCGUCGGAUUUACACAGCCAUAAUAGCUAAAUCGGAUUGAUACAAUGGCGCCAAUGGAAAAUGAACUAAGUAUACUCGUCUCGCAGAGAAGUGACAAAUUUUUUUUAUACUGACGCGGCGUCACGAAUGCUGCCUAACUAGACUAACUAGAUUAGAGAUGGAAUAGGGGGUAAUUUGAAUAGACUGCGGGCUCAGGAUAUAGAAAAAUGCGGAAAGCAAUUGAGCCAAUAGAUACGCCACUUCCGGACUAGUCCCGAGCGGGGUGAUCCUCGGAUGAUCCUAUUUGUGAAUCUUAGCCUCACGGCUCCGGUACAUUCAGUUCAAACGUGGAAUGUGACAGAAACAUGUAUGUGCUUGGUCAUGCGCCGCCGACAACCGUGAUACAGAUGCAGAGGAAAUAAAUAAGUAAAUCGACCACAAAAGAAGCAAAUUAGGUACUUAAUGUGAUCUCAUAAACAAUAUAAACAGAGGGAUUCCAAAUAAAUACGCAAUAUUCCGCAGAUACCGCGAUACGGAAACAAUAAUAGCUAAAUAAUAGCAAGUAUUAUCAGCGGGAGGUUUCAUAACGCAGUUUAUGUCUGUAUUGACGGCGGGUCGGCGGCGCAGAUAAAUCGUCUUUACAUGACAUAGACAAACUGAAAUCAUAGACAUGGUAACCUGACCGUUGUUUGGCAAUGCCGCUCCCGCCUGAUUCUGGCAGACAAAAAUGCCAAAGGUCAUGCGAAGUAGAAAAGCAGACUCGGAAGAUUCAACCAGGAAUACCGAAUACAGCUUUGAUAAUGUACAUUGCGACUGGUUUCGGAAUAACUGGCGGUGCACAUAGGCUCUGGACGCACAGAGCUUACAAAGCGAAGCUUCCGUUGAAGCUCUUUCUAAUGAUGUGUUUUGCCAGUGCUGGUCAAAAUUCCAUAAAGCAGUGGGUGCGGGACCAUCGCAUCCACCACAAGUUCAGCGAUACUGAUGCGGACCCACACAACGCCAACCGCGGUCUAUUCUUCUCACACAUCGGCUGGCUAAUGAUGAAGAAAAAUGAUAAGGUCUUACAGGCCGGAAAGCAAAUCGACAUGAGCGACAUUGACAGUGACCUGUAUUUGCAAAUUUUUGAGAAAUACUUCAAUUACAUUAAACUGCUGUUCUGCUACAUUCUGCCUACCAGCCUUAGCAUCUGGCUGUGGGUCGAGAACUGGCGCUGCGCCGUCGCCUGGCAGUGCUUCAUCAGGUUCCUCUCUAUGUUUCACAGCGAACUCACUGUCAACAGUCUCGCUCAUGCCUAUGGAUACAAACCUUACAAUAAGAAUAUCAUACCAGCAGAGAAUCGCUUCGUAGCCACAUGUACUUUCGGCGAAGGCUGGCACAACUAUCACCACGCGUUUCCUUUCGACUACAAGGCAGCAGAGCAUUUUGAUUUCUUCAACUGGGGAACCAGGUUUAUUCAGUUCUUCGAAAAGAUUGGCUGGGCUUACGACCUGAAGCAGGCCACUCCAGAAAUGAUUAAUUCAAUUGCAAAUAGGUUAGGUGAUGGAACCCCUGUACAUUUUCCGAUAGGUGAAAAUUUGAAGCAAAAGAUAUGAUGUAAGAAUUAAUUAAGAAUGGUAGUACACAUGAUUAUUAGGUUCUAUUUUAUACAAAUAGUAAGCGGAACUAACAUUAGUGUAACAAAAAAUUUCUAUGAUCGUUGUGUUUUUUAGAAUAUAUGUAUUAAACAUUUUUGUAAACAAUAGAAUUAUUUUCAUAGGUUAUUUUGCAUAUAAGCCGUGUUAUACGUAUUUAAAUAUUUAUGUAAAUGAUUUCCUAGUAAUUGGUCGAUAAAAACAGAUUGGUAUACAAACUCAGGGCACGAGUAGGAUUCGAACCUGAGACCUUUAUUACACUACCAACGCUUUGGGUCGAGUACCUACUUCCAAUUCAAACGUGGAAUCUGACAGAAAAAUUUGCUCUUGGUUACGUACCGCCUAUGGACAUUUCACAUCUUAUUUUCUAUUUUUUUUUGUGGAUAAAAAAGAAAUUACCGUUUAUUUCGCCAAAUUUUAUCAGUCUUUUAAAUUUAAAGUAUUUAUUUAUUAUGAAUGUGAAAUUAAGUUUGUUGUUACUUCUUCAAGCUUUAGGUAUUUGCUAAGCCAAUCUUCUUUAAAUUUUGCAUACAUGUUGUUUGAAGUACGGAGAGUCGCUUGCCGUUGCUAAAUUUUCCUAGUCAAUCUGUUUUUUUUCUUCCUAAAGAGUCUAGUCUAGAGUAGGUACGUAUUGUUACCGAGUAUCAACGUGAUCAGUCAUAAAAACUAAAACAUUCGCAUUCUGAAAAACAUGUUAUUUCGAAGAACAUCAAAACACGGCACAUUAAACUAUAGUUGGUGUCAUUAGGUGAAAUUUAACAUAAUUUUUCAUAUAGGUAUAAUGGAAAAAUUAAAAAAUUUCGAGUUCAAACAGGGCUAUGAAAUUCUUUUCUGUUAAAUCUUUAUGCUAAUUUUUGCGAAUGGAAUAUGACAUUGCACGUAGGUAGGUAUAUAAAACGUGUUAACUACGAAUGCAUCUACCGUACGGCAAAUCUGAUAGCAGUUAUUAAGAAAAGCUGUUGAAGCAGAACUUUAAAGCUAAAGUAUGUUUUGUUACUAUCAAUCACUGUCACCUUACAAUAUUUGAUACUAGCUAUUUAAAUGCUAGUUAAUAAUAAAUAGUUGAAAUAGGAUAUAAUAGAUAGUUGAAAUAGGAUAUACAUACACAUACAUUUGACGACCUCGGUAGCACAGUGGUAAAGUGCUUGCCCCUGAACCGAGAGGUCCCGGGUUCGAACGCCCGGUCGGGUCAUGAUGCAAAAUGAUCUUUUUCUGAUUGGCCCGAGUCUUGGAUGUUUAUCUAUAUAUGUAUUUGUCAUAAAAUAUAUUAUCGUUGAGUUAGUAUCCCAUAACACAAGUCUCGAACUUACUAUUUGUGUAAUUUGUCGUUAGCUCAAUCUGUGUAAUUUGUCGUAAUAUAUUGAUUUAUAUUGAUUUACAGUGUCAUCUAGUGUUUUUAUUCCAAAGUUUAUUUUAUUAGCAUUUAGCGCACCAUUUAGUAGGCUUCUUCUCAAAUCCCACGGGAACAAUAGGUAGUAUUUUCCAAGAUAAAAGAUGACCCUAUAUGUCCACCUUUAUACUCUUCAAUAUAAAGGUAGGUAUAUGUGAGACUUCAAGAAGAUUGGUUGAAUAGAUAACAUGCGAAGAGAUAACAAACAAACUUACUUUCGCAUUUAUAAUAUUAUAAGUUAGACAGAACGAGAAUUGUCUCGUUCUGUAAAAAAUGUAUUGAUAUACUUUAACUUUUAAAUGAAAUCCGCUGACUGAGACAUUGUAAUACAUACCUUCGCUAUUUUAAAUUUCAUAUUUUUGGGCGGAUUCAAUCAAAAACAUUAAUGGCAAUUAAUAUUAUAUUUAUGCAUGAAUAUAAACUUUAUGCGGGAGAAGUAUUUUAUGUGAACAUUUAUUCAAAAUAAUGUAAAAAUAUUUUCAUGUUCUUAUCUAAAUUUGCAUAAUAUUAAGUCUGAUAUUUG